AUGAACACUCCUCCAAAACCUCCCCAAUUCUACCGUACCCAUCUCACCAAGGAACAACUUCUCCAUCUGAUUACCACUAUUUCUAACCAACUCAAAAAGUUGCACCGUGGGGAAAAUGCUCCAAAGACCAGAAUGGUUACUUCUCUUGUUGCAAGUGCUCGUCGGGAUAUUGUAUUUGAAGUUUUUAUAAAUUUGAUCAAGCUUUACAAAUCAGCGGAUCGAAUGGUUUCAAUAGAAGGGUCGCAGACUAACUUGAAGUGUCUUUUGGUAUCCGCCAAACUUCUCUCUUCAUUUUUCGACACCACAUUCACCAAGCUUCCCCAAAAUCAAAUUGAAGACGUCUUCGAUGAAUUCUACAUUUCCCACAAUCUCACUCAGAAUGACGUGGCAGUCUCUGCCACGUGGCGAAUGAUUAGUAACGUGGCAAUUAGUCAUCAUGAGCAUCAUUUGGAGGUCAAGAAGUCAUGUCAGGAACAGAAGGCGUUUAGAGAGUCUUUUUUGAAAACCCAGACAGAUUUUGAUAUCGAUUUCGAGGAUCAUGAAGCUGACCAGGAAACUCAGUUGUUAUCGAUUGAGGAUGCGGUGCUGAUUAUUCAGAAAUUGGAGAGAAAAUACCAAGCAAUAUCCCGUCGUAAUUAUGUGAGGUUUGUUCGUGAACGAGCAGCGGAGCUACAUGGACAGAAAGUAGAAAUAGAUGCGACACAAGCAGCGAUCAGGAUUCAGGCGCGCACCCGUGGAUACUUUGCUCGAAAAUGGGUUCGUGAGAUGCGUGAGAGGGAGCUAAACAUCUUGAAUAUGACACCUGAAAGUUAUAUCCGGAAGAGGUGUGCGGAGAGGGAGAGAAAACAGAAAGAAAGUGUUGUUGGAGGAGUCAAUGGAGUGGAAAAGAUCGAGCAGGUUGAGGAUUUUCCUGACGACCUGGAAACCGCUCUGGAACUUCUCAAAACCGACUUCUUCCACUACACUCCAGACCCAACUGAACCUCUCAAACAGCUCAAACUUCCCACCCAAACCAACCCAGAUACAGUAUACCGUGACGCGUGUUUCCGUGGAAUCGUGUCGCCACUUGCCCAAACUGAACUCGCAGAACUCAUCUCCCAACGGGAACUGUGUAAAAUCGAUAGUCGUUCAUUCUUAUUCGACUUUCGUUCGUUUCUCACACUUACCGUAUGUAUCCCCUUAUCUCUUGCCACGUGGCAAAAACCCAAAGAGCAAAAAGUGCCUAAUAAAUGGCUCUUGCUCUCGGGUGCUCCUGACUCCGGGAAGACAACGUGGGCAAGAGCGGUGGCUCGUGCCUGUCAUCUCACUCACGUACACGUGUCGAAGAAUGUGGUGAAUAUGGGAAAACGGAGGAUUUAUUCUGUCAUAAAGAAACUGGCGAAGCAGGAAAGAAGGUUGUUGGUUAGUAUAGAUAGGAUUGAUGUAUUGAAAAAGGAUCCGAAGAACAAAGGGUAUACACAUAGGCAGAUGCUCCUUCGCACUUUCCUCUCCGAUCUCUCCAACAUCCGCACCGCUACCGUAAUCGGUAUGACCAAAGUCACUCUUGAAGAACUGGACUCUUCCAUCACCGACCUAUUCCCACUUCAAGCUGUUCUGAGCAAUCCUCGUAAUGCGACGAGAUACGAUCUUGCCGUGGACUGCUUGAGCCGUAAUUGGGAGCAAUACAGACUUCCGAAGAUCCCUCAUAGAAUAUUCGAUAUUGAGAAGCAAACGAAGGGAGUUAGUAGAGGAAAAGCGGCGAAGUUUGUGACGAAUCGAUGGAGUGCUGCGAAUAAUAAGACUAAUUUGUCGUGA